GCAAUCAAUACAUUAUAGUUGACGUGAAAGCAAGUAAGAAAAAUGGGAAUAAAAGCGUACAAAUCGCGUGAUAAUCCCAAUGCUUCCUUCACUUCACUCUCUCUUCACCUUUGCUUCAUACCUUUGAUCUCUUAAACCCUAUUAGAUUAAUCUGGAGUGGUGUGCAUUGGCAGAGGCUGAAGAUUAUGGGCUGCACAGCCAUUUUUAGUGGUGUUUUUCUGGUGAUCGGCCUUUUAUUCACAUGUUCUUGUGCUGUUGAGCUUGAGGCUAACCCAUCUGCUCAAUUGCUUGUUGAUGCUUCUUCCACUCGCUCAAUUCCUCAAACUCUUUUCGGAGUCUUCUUUGAGGAGAUUAACCAUGCCGGCGCGGGUGGGAUAUGGGCGGAGCUUGUCAAUAAUCGAGGUUUUGAAGCUGGGGGACCUAACGUGCCCUCAAAUAUUGAUCCUUGGUCUGUAAUUGGCGAUGAAUCGACUGUUAUUAUAUCCACUGACCGCUCUUCUUGCUUUGAGCGUAAUAAGAUUGCUCUUAGAAUGGAUGUUCUUUGUGACAGUAAAGGCAGCAAUGUUUGCCCAGCUGGUGGGGUUGGUAUAUACAAUCCUGGAUUCUGGGGCAUGAACAUAGAACAAGGAAAGACCUAUAAGGUGGUUCUUUAUGUGCGUUCCUUGGGAUCAGUCAAUGUAUCCGUGUCAUUGACAGAUUCAAGUGGAUUGCAGACAUUGGCUACUGCCAACAUUAUAGCCUCUGCUUCCGCUGUUCAGAACUGGACAAAAGCAGAGGUUUUAUUGAAAGCCAAUGGAACAAAUCCAAAUUCAAGACUGGAACUGAAAACAUCUCAAAAAGGUGUAAUAUGGUUUGAUCAAGUGUCAGCUAUGCCCACAGACACAUUUAAGGGCCAUGGUUUUCGAAAAGACCUUGUUCAAAUGGUAGCGGAUAUAAAACCUCAAUUUUUCAGAUUUCCAGGAGGCUGUUUUGUUGAAGGUGAAUGGUUAAGAAAUGCCUUUCGCUGGAAAGAAACAAUUGGACCCUGGGAGGAGAGACCUGGGCACUUUGGUGAUGUUUGGAUGUACUGGACUGAUGAUGGACUUGGUUAUCUUGAGUUUCUUCAACUAUCAGAAGAUCUUGGGGCAUUGCCAGUAUGGGUGUUUAAUAAUGGAAUAAGCCAUCAGGAUGAAGUUGAUACAGCCCACAUUUUACCUUUUGUGCAAGAGGCCCUUGAUGGUAUUGAGUUUGCUAGAGGUGACUCUAACUCUAAGUGGGGUUCCAUUCGAGCAGCAAUGGGACAUCCAAAGCCUUUUGACUUGAGAUAUGUUGCUGUCGGAAAUGAGGAUUGUUGGAAGAAACAUUAUCGAGGUAAUUACCUCAAGUUCUAUGAUGCUAUAAAAAAAGCCUAUCCUGACAUCCAAAUAAUCUCAAACUGUGAUGGAUCUUCUCAUUCAUUGGAUCACCCAGCUGAUUACUAUGAUUAUCAUAUUUAUACAUCAGCCACCAACUUGUUCUCAAUGGCGCAUCAGUUUGAUAAAACAUCACGCAAGGGUCCCAAGGCUUUUGUGAGCGAGUAUGCUGUGACUGGAAAAGAUGCUGGCACGGGAAGUCUUUUAGCUGCACUUGCUGAAGCUGCAUUCCUUAUCGGUCUUGAAAAGAACAGUGAUGUUGUUGAGAUGGCAAGCUAUGCGCCGCUUUUUGUGCAUUCCAAUAACAGGAGGUGGAACCCAGAUGCAAUUGUCUUCAACUCCUCACAACUAUAUGGAACACCGAGCUAUUGGGUGCAGCGCUUCUUUAUAGAAUCGAGUGGAGCAACUCUUCUCAACACAACUCUCCGAACCAAUUCCUCCACUUCACUUAUGGAAUCUGCAAUUAUUUGGCAGAAUCCGGAGGAUAAUAAAAAGUACCUGAAGAUAAAGGUAGUGAACUUUGGGAGCACUGCAGUGAAUCUGAAAGUGUCUGUUGAUGGACUCGGACUUAAUUCCAUACGACAGUCUGGAUCGACGCAGUCUGUACUUUCUUCUGCUAAAGUAAUGGAUGAGAAUUCCUUCAAUGAUCCGAACAAGGUGGUGCCUACCCAAAGUCUGGUGGAGAAGGCUGGGGAGAACAUGGAUGUUAUACUCCAACCAUAUUCCAUUACUUCAUUUAAUUUGUUAACAGAAUCCAGCACUGAUUUUGAUUACAGAUCUUCUAUGUAAAACACCUUAUCUACUUGCUCUCACCUCAAUGUAAAAAUAAAUAAAUCAUAGUAAAAUAUUAAUUUAAUUAAAUAAAUUAAAAAUUUAAUAAA